UCCUCAGAGGUGUGUCUGGAGCUGCAGACAGACAGACAGACAGACAGACAGACAGACAGACAGAUCACCGGCGGACCGACUGAUAACGAGCCCUUCACCGACCAUGGCGUCCAAAUGUCCAAAAUGCGACAAGACGGUGUAUUUCGCGGAGAAGGUGUCAUCUUUAGGGAAGGACUGGCACAAGUUCUGUCUGAAAUGUGAGCGCUGCAGCAAGACGUUGAACCCAGGAGGCCAUGCUGAGCACGAUGGGAAGCCUUACUGCCACAAGCCUUGCUACGCCGCCCUCUUUGGACCAAAAGGCGUGAACAUCGGCGGAGCUGGUUCCUACGUGUACGACGCUCCUGUCAAUGAAGCUCCUGCAGCUGUUUCCAUGGAAACAGAUGCCAAACCACAGGAGGAGAAAAAAGCCCCCGCUCGGGGACCAGUGAAGGCUGCGAGCUUCUCGUCUUUCUCUGGAGGACCCAACAUCUGCCCCAGAUGCAACAAGACGGUAUACUUUGCUGAGAAGGUGUCGUCUCUGGGGAAGAACUGGCACCGGCCCUGUCUGCGCUGUGAGAGGUGCAGUAAGACUCUGGCAGCAGGCAGCCACGCAGAGCAUGAUGGACAGCCUUACUGCCACAAACCGUGCUAUGCUGUGCUGUUUGGACCCAAAGGUGUGAACACUGGAGGCGUCGGCAGCUACAUCUACGACGAUCCUGCCGCUGAGGAGGCGCAGUCUUGAACCCUGAUGAUGCCGCCACCGUGCAGACAAAGACAAACACCUCCAGGACCCUCCACGUCUCUUUGAUUUGCCUUCAGUGGUCAUUGUGACAAACGAUAUGUACUGCACUCACAGGGAUGGAUACUUUAGAUCUUUAUGUUGUAUUUGUAUAUUGUUUAUAUAUCUAUUUUUUGUACUGAAACAAACCUUUAAUAUGUCCUCCUGUGAGAGUUUCAGAUCUGCCUUUACAUUUCUUGGUUCUCUUUGCCAAAUAGGUAUUAGCCGAUUACUGUAGUGGAUUACAGUGCCUGUAAGAAAUACUCAACACCCUUUGAAGUUUUUGUCUUGUGUUGCUUUUCAGCAUUUAGUAGAUGAACCUUUGGUCAGCCUUGAGUCUGUGUGGACAGGCCUCCAUCUGCCUGAACAUCUGGACACUGCAAUUUUACCACAUUCUUCUUUGCAAAACUGCUCAGUCUUUGUCAGGGUACACAGGGUUAAUGAGUGAACAGCCUUUUUCAAGUCCUGCUACAAAUUCUCAGUUGGAUUGAGGUCCAGGCUCUGACUCAGCCACUGAAGAACAUUCACCUUGAACAUGUCUCUGUAGUUCUGAUGGUUUGCUUCAUUGUGUGGAAAACAAAUCUUCUCCCAAGUCACAGUUCUCUUGCAGCAUCUGCUUGUCAUCCAGAAUUUUCCAAUGCUUUGCAGCAUUCAUUUCACCCUCUACUUUUAAAAGGCCUGCUGCUGAGAACCAUCCCCAUGUUAUGAUGCUGCCACCACCAUGCUUUACAGUUGUUGUAUGCAGGGUCUCUACCAUCCCAGCUGUUGAACCUUGUAACUCCUUCAGAGGAGUCAUAGUUGUCUUGGUGGCCUCCCUCAUAGCCAGGAGUAUGGAUUAACCAGUGACUGGACCUUUCAGAUUCAAGUAUCUUUCUACUACAAUCAGUUAAGACACAUUAACUGCACUCAGAUGAUUUCCAUGUCUAGCAUGAUGGGCUGCAGCUGUCUUAAAUUAGGUGAGUCACUUAUGUAAUCACUAUGUCUUUAAUCGAUACUCAUUCGUGGAAAUCUGUUUUAACUUUGACAAAAAUUAGUCACCAAAAAAGCCAGAUUAAGCCGACUGAUUCAUGUUGAAAAGCAAUAAAAGGGGAUAACUUCCAAAGGAGGUGAGUAUCUUCCAUAGGCACUGUUAACUCCUGUGUUUUUUCACUGUUGAUUAGUAGUUUUCAGACUUUUGUGCACUUACAACAAGUACUGUAUGAAAAAAAAAGUAUUAGGCCACCAAUUUAUAUUGAGUGUUUUUUGAACAAGUUCAUCCUGGUUCUAAAAAGAAGGAUGACAGUGUAGGUAUAGCGAAGAAACAUUUUACUGAAUGUUAUGAAGAUGAGUUUGAGGGUCUGUUGCGAACAUGGAAUUGUCAGAUGUUGAUCACGUUUUAUACAGUAAAACUGUGUGAUAGCAAACCUGUG